AAGCGCUACCACUCUGCGAUGAGGGUCGUCUGCGCCACGUACAACGGCAAACUCGCGAGCGGCCAGGUGCGCGCCCUCACGACGGGCGAGCGCUCCGACGACUUGACCGGCUGGCUCUCGUCGACGGGCGACACGCCCGGGUCCGACGACGAUGCGCCCGACUUUGUCGCCGUCGGCUUCCAGGAGAUGAUCCCUCUGCACCUCGCCCUCGCCGGCUUCACCAAGACCGCCCUCGACCUGCACGACGACGCCCUCCUCGCCGCCAUCGAGUCCCGCUUUGCGCCCUCGUCCCCCUCGUCGAAAGGGUACCGCCUCGUCGCGCGCAAAGCCAUCGGCGGCAUCGCGCUCCUCGUGUACGCGCGCUCGGGCAGCGUGGCCCAGCGCAUCUCGCGCGUCGCCGUAUCGACCGUCGGCUGCGGCGUGCUUGGGCUCAUGGGCAACAAGGGCGCGGUCGGGAUCCGGGUCACGCUCGGCGAGGACAAGGGCGAGAGCGAGUGGACGUUCGUGACGGCGCACUUGGCGGCGCACCAGGGCGAGUGCGAGGCGAGGAACGCCGACUGGCGGGAGAUUUGCCGGCGGCUCGUGUUCGAGGAUGACGAGGGUGGGCAGCGAGGGCUGUUCGAGACGGGCCACCUGUUCUUCUCGGGCGACCUCAACUACCGCAUCUCGCUCACGGCGCCCAAGAAGCUACCGCUGCACCUCCUCACCCACUCGAUCCAGUCGCUGUCGCCCUCGGACCCGUCGACCUUCUCGACCCUCCUGUCGCACGACCAGCUCCGCCAAGAGCAGCGUGCCGGCCGCACGCUGCACCACCUCGUCGAGGGCCCGAUCACGUUCCCGCCGACGUACAAGUUCAAGCCGGGCACGGUGAACGAGUACAAGGACUUUAAGAAGCGCGUGCCCGGGUGGUGCGACCGCGUCCUGUUUGCGUCGGGUGCGGGCGACGAGGCCAAGGUCGAGAGUUACCGGUCCGUCAUGGACUUUACCCGCAGCGACCACAAGCCGGUCGCCGCGACGAUCACGAUCCCGUCCCACGCCGUGACGAGCCGGAUCCCGCACGCCGCGCCGUACGCGCUCGACCUCGCGUCGUACCGCCUCAAGCGCACCGUCGGCCUCGCGCUCGACCGCCUCGUCGGCCUCGUGUGGUGCAUCGUCAUGCUCGCCGGCCUGAACAAGGACCUCAGGCUCGGGUUCGUCAACCUCGCGGUCGCGAGCGCGACGGCGUACUCCCGCCGGUACCUCAUGGC